CGUACGCUGAGGUGCUCCAUUCGCCUACCGUGAGCACUAAGCAGAAGGCUUCUGUCCUUUGGUAAAAUUGGAAGCCAGCGAGUUCAUACAUCAGAGCCUCGAGAGAGUUCGAAGAGAGAAACAGAAAGACUCGGUGAGUGAGUUAGUGAGUGAGUGCGUGAAGAUGGAGGGCGAGCCAACUCGGAUAAUGCUGGGAGUCAACGAGUCGACGAUCAAGGGUUAUCCGCACGCUUCGAUAAGCAGCAGAGGAGCUUUCGAGUGGACGCUCGAGAAGAUCGUUCGCUCCAAUACCUCUGGCUUUAAGCUCCUUUUCCUUCAUGUCCAAGUCCCUGACGAAGACGGUUUUGAUGAUAUGGAUAGUAUCUAUGCAUCACCUGAAGAUUUUAAAAGCAUAAAGCAUAGAGACAGGGCAAGAGGACUUCAUCUGCUGGAGUAUUUUGUCAAUCGAUGUCAUGAAAUUGGGAUCUCUUGUGAAGCAUGGAUCAAAAGAGGUGAUCCCAAGGAAGUGAUCUGUCAUGAAGUGAAAAAUAAACAGCCAGAUCUUCUGGUUGUAGGCAGCCGGGGCCUUGGUCCAUUCCAGAGGGUCUUUGUUGGAACUGUGAGUGAGUUUUGUACUAAGCACGCUGAGUGCCCUGUCAUCGCAAUCAAGCGCAAUGCUGGUGAAACUCCUCAGGAUCCAGUCGAUGACUGACUGUGCUUCCCUUUGAAUGUGCUCCUGUUAUUUGUUUUUCCAUUAUGUUACGUAUGAAACCGGAUGGCAGUAUCUAUGUUAAGAUUCAUCUUGAACUAUUUGAUCGGUUUCUCACAUGUAAACUACCAUUGUGUAUAAUUAGAAAUGAGAUACGGAUUAAUGGUGGAACAUGGCUGUCCAUUCCUUCU